AUGCACAUAACCUCCUCGUACCGCUCCACGGAGUCCAGUCAGCAAAUGCGUCUGCCUGCUGCUCGAAAUUUUCCGGUUGUGCCGUUCAAGAAGCCCGGCAUUUUUACCGCUUCACUGUCCAGGAAGCUGAGCACGAUCCAGAUCCAACGCACGUUCCAGCUGGCCAUGCUGCCGAUACCCACUCUCUCUUUAUUUUCCUCACUAGAAGCGAUCCCACCUUACACUCACUCGGGACGCAUCAACUACGGCGUCAUUUGUCCCUUGCCAUCUUCGACUGACGCUGCGAACGAAUGUGAUGGAAUCGAUUCUUGA